AUGGGCAAGGCUAAGAUUCUCCCUGAGCCCUCCUACCCGAGACCCCCCGAGACCUACAGCUCAGAGCCGCCUCCAAUACGUGGCCAUCCCAACAUAUUGUCAGCCAUCCCCUUUCCAAGCACGAAUAAGCCAAGGUGGUGGCGCGAUCUCGGCCCGGCCCGUCCCACCAUCACGUCCAAGACGGAAGAGGUGUCGUUUAUGCAGGAGCAGACCAGCCCAGUCAAGGACUCGGCCCCAAUCAACAAACAUGAUGAUGUUUCGGACAGCGAGAAAGCCAUGGUGAACAGCACUGAAGAGACAGUUAAGGAGCAGGAUCUAAUGGAGGAGCAUGUUCUGGCUCAUGGCGCCAAUCACUUUGGCCGCAACGAUGGACCCCCCCUUCGGCGGCAACGGUGGACCGCCCCCGGCUUUGGUAGGCCAACCUUUUCACCAGUAUACCCCGGUUCCUUCCCCGGCUCUUCUUACGGCUCCCUCCCCGGCUGCUUUCAUAGCUCCCGAGCCUUUUGCGGACCGCCUCCGGCUUUGGUAGGCCAGCCGUUCGCCGCUCCCGCGCCUUUCCAAACGUCUGCGGAACAUCCCUCAGCUUUCCCUUUGGGUUUCGAGCUUUGCGGUACUGGUCUUGCCUGUAACAACCCUGACGCCAAGGGCGAGAAGACCAAGGAUCUUGUCUGGGCGCGCCUUGAACUCUAG